AUGCUGCAAGCCAGGAAUAGCUCUUCACAGUUUGCUCAUGAAUGGAUCUCCUUUUGGCUUGAGAUGAAAAUGCAGAACGGUAUCAAGGAUUUAACACUUUUUGACUUGGAUGGUGAAAGCAAACUCUAUGUGGUUGAUUCGAUAAACAAUUUGCACAGAGCAAAUACCUGUGAAGACCCCUGUGACCCAACGUCAAAUUCAGCAGAAUGUGGAAGUGUUGCUGAUGAAACUGAAGCACCCACGAAGGAAUUGUUGAAAAAUAAUGAGAAAAACGAGCCUGAAGUUGGUCCAACAACAGUUAAUUCUACAAAAACUGAUCCUCCGUCUUGCUUUCGGCAUUUGAAGAAAAUGUUACUACUUGCUACUGUGAUCAUACUUCUUCUGAUCAGCUUUGCACUUGCUGCGCUUGCUAUCUUUUUUAUUGUAAGAAUGGAGAAUCAGCUUAAUUACAUUUCAACAAGAGUGACCUCAGAAGAGAGAAAUAUUAAAGACAUCAAGAUUCUCAUGAUGAACCAUUUCAAUGUUUCAAACGAGCUAAAUGAUAGUAACGUAACUGGAAUAUCUCCCAUCUCUAACAUACAAAGCCCAUGAUGAGAAGAACAUAAUUGAAAGGCAUCAAUGACUUAUAAAGUCUGCAGGUUUUAAAGACUCCAAUGAAAACUAAAACAUCCAAUGUGAUGCCUCAGUUUACAUAAUCAUCUUCAAACUAUGUCUAUUAUAUUGUCAACUGUGGUGCUGGAAGAAUGCCUAAGCCCAGUCACAUGGAUUCCUUCAAGAAACAUUUAAGAAUAACAAACCCUUCACAGUGAAUGCAAUUAUAAAUGUGAUCCAUUGCAAAUGUUCCAGCUAAUUAAACUGAAUCAGCCAUUGACUGACUACAGUCACCUGACCCAGCAGGAUAAACUGAUUUGAAUUACAGAACAAGAAAUCCAAAAGGAAUUAAGUCACAAUGCUGCAUGGCAGUUAAUUCCUUUUUACAGGAGUCUGUUUAAUUCUAAACAAUCUCUCAUUUACUUCCCAAUGCAAGUACCAAUCUAUGAAUGAACUUUGGUAUUAAAGUGUUCUAUAUAAAACUAAUAGCAAUACCAAACCGUUUGAUUUGUUUCAAAAACAAGUAUCUUCAAAUGUCUGUUCAGAAAUAGGAAUUAAUACGCUAACUAAAUUCUAUCCUUUGAUGAGAGUAUCAACUAGAAUUUUUGCUUCUUUACUAAUCAAAGUGAAAUAUGAUAAUCUGCAAAGACUGAAUCCAAGAGUGUGCUAUGACAUAUUCAAUGGGUUAAAUUCAUUCUGGAGAACUUUUAACAACUGGGCAACUUGGACAACUGUCUAUGUGGAGUUUGCACGUUCUCCCCGUGUCUGUGUGGGUUUCGUCUGGGUGCUCUGGUUUCCUCCCACACUCCAAAGAUAUGCAGGUUAGGUGGAUUGGCCAUGCUAAAUUGUCCAUAGUGUCCUGAGAUGUGUAGGCUAGGUGGUUGUAGCCAUGGGAAAUGCAGCAUUAACAGAAUGAGGAAUAUGGCAUGAAAUUUUAGGAAGGCACGCAAUGUAAAUACAUGGAAAUUGAUAUGUGUGUCGGUGCAUGAGCAUGUAUACCAGUACAGCUAGAACUUUCAUUCCCACUACUGCUGCCCAUUUGUUUACUUGUGUAGUUUCAUGAAUAGUUCAUUCGGUUUUUUGCCGCUCCAAAUUCUGCUGUUCAAGGUAACUGCCAACUUGCUGAAUGCUAGAGCUGGCUCAAAGGGCAAGCACAAUUUGAAAGCUGUUGUAAGUUAAUGCUCAUUCUUUUAUGUGAAUGGCUUGUUAAACCAUUAAGAGUUGACCACAUAUUAUGGGACUAGAUGUCAAACAC